CAACACUUUUUGGUCACCUGUCAGUGCAAAAAAAAAAAAAAAACAGCUGUCGCGGAUGACGUUCUCAAGUUUGAUGUGAUAUUUUGACCAUUUUGGAAGCAGUUUUGGAAGAAGUUGUGCCAGAUUUAGAACCUGUGAAGGUACCUCCCGGAGCGAGUUAUUACGUAGAAGCCAAAGAAGCAAGAACCAAAGAAAGGCAAAUUUUUAUUUUUAAAACCAAUCUAGAAGCAUUGAGACGUAGAGGAUCGCACACCGAGCAGAAUGAAGCAGCAAGAGAGUGUCGAUCCAAAGACACGCAUGGAGGAGGAACGAAACAUCCCUCCGGCGCUGAAGCAACUGCUGGCAUGGGAUGUGAAGGUGACCAAGAACUUUGUUAGUUUUAUGCUGAAUUUUGUCCCGUUUCGUUCACUGAGGACGCACUGCAAAAUCUUGGAGUACUCGUGCCAUGGAAUAGCUUGGCUUGCGGGGUGGCUCGCGUUGUGUUGGAUGGUCGAUAAAAAGGAAUGGUAUCAGAUGCAAGUGAAUCUAUUUAUCGGACUACUCACCGAUAUCGUAAUGGUGGCUGUGAUCAAAGCGGCCACAAGACGGCGUCGUCCUGCCGUCAAUGAUGACCCUUUUUGCAUAGGACCGGAUAAGUUCAGCUUCCCAUCGGGGCACGUGUCUCGUGGUGUUUUCAUAGUUACGUUUCUAACUUGCUUGGACCCCGUGACUUUCUUCCUGUGGCCACCGCUGAUGGCCUGGGCGGUUUCUUUGUGCUUGUCGCGCCUCCUGCUCUACAGACAUCAUAUCUUGGACGUGAUUGGUGGAAUUUUCUUGGGACUCUUCAACGCGUUCCUAAUUUCACUAUUCUGGAUGGAUCAAGAGAGCAGUGCUUGGAUCAUUUCGUACAUGACGGAUGAAAAGAUCUCCGGAGCCGAAUACGGGGUUUAAAGUGGCGGGAAUUUUUCGAAGAGAUAAUACAUACUGGCAUGAUCAA